AUGCAGGAUGACUUCAUGCGCCGUCCGGCGGGGUUCUGGGGGUGCCUCCGCGUACUCCGCGGCUGUUGUAGGGUGUCCGAAUGCCUGGACGGCGGACCCGGUGGGUGGUGGUUCCGCUCUGUGAUUAUUGCGCCCGCGAACCUUUCUGAUCCUCUCGCCUUGCGUCACUGUCCCGUACCCGCAUCUUCAAACGCUAGCGCAUUCUUUCGGCCGGCGACGAGCGCAGAGUUGCCUUGCAAGUCUCCUCUGCUUCACGAGCGGGCUUUGGACCGUGUACUGGGCUGGUACUGCAGUCGUCCUGAUGGGGAAGGGCACCGCAGAGAGCGUAUGAGCUGGAAGGCCUGCAGAUGCAGAGGCUCGGAUAGUGCACAUGCUGAUCCGCUCAGUCCUCCACAGCUCGGACGUCGUUCCUCGCCGAGGGGGCGUGCGAAGCCAGUGCUUUUCCAUCAGACGUCGCAGUGCGUACGCUAUAUGAAUGGUGCUGGGGACGGAGAAGCGGGAUCAGCACGCAUCCCCCCUGCCUCUCCCUCGGCAGUAGCUGCAGUAAUGGACUCGCAGCACAGGUCCCACACGGUCCACGACAUGUGGUGCAUUCGAGGGAAGUCUAGCUGUGUUCGCCAGUGGAUACGGGACGCGCAUAGUUAUACUCCCCAAGCAAGCAACAUCCGUCGCCCGACGCGCGGCCCAAGGGCCCGGCGCAGCGCGUCGUUAACUAUCACGGGGCGGACGGGCCUCUGGCCCCAGGGCCUGAGAGCUGAAGCAGAAAGAAGUGCCGCUCUAAUCCAGUGCGGCCCAGCUCGCUUCGAGUCCUUCCAGCUCGGCGCCGGCACGAAGGAGGAUACGCCUUCUUUCGCGGCAGACGUUCUCAACCGGACGGGGAUCCAGAAAAUAGCGGGUGAUUGCGGUUCAAGCAUCCCCGAGUUCCGCUACACGUUCUCCUCCUUCUCCCAUCAUCUCACUUUCUGUCGAGCUCGUCGCCAACAGCGACGUCGCAGCCUGCGCCAGGACGUUCGCCGCUAUAACCCCUCUCGAUGCGCGCCGAACGAGCCGCGUCCACUGGUUCUAUUCGCACUCUCACACGGUCCCGAAGACGCACGCCUCGGCCCAUCGCACCGUUUCGUUCAUGGGCAGCAGACAGCAUACUCUGCGACGGAGUAUCGCACCCCCGCGCAGGCUCCGCGAAUCUGGCAAGAUGUUGGAAACAGGGGGAGGUUCGCGCGUAGCAUGCUGGGCUGGGAGACACGGAAGCAGGCGGCGGCGGGCGGACCAUGGAUCUGA